GUCUUCUCAUAUAAAUUGUAUCGUUUUCUAACAUAUUGCCGGAUGAGAUGUGUGUCUGUAGGCCUGUCACGCCUGAAUAGGUCAUAAUCUCGAGUGAACGUCCUGCAAUCUGUGGUUUACCAGCGAACCGCUGUUAACCUACAGCACUAUUCUUAAAAUAAGCGGCAUCGCGUGACCCUUCUGGAAGAAACAAUGUGAGUCUUUCCUUUAUGAACUUACUCAUCUACGUCCAAUGGAAUCCCACUGAGGUGUAACAACUACCUCAAGUCAGGUACUGUAGCUGUUUCUCACGAUGCAGUUUGAGGCUCAGCUGAGUCUCUGUCGGAGGUGUCUCUGGAGCUACAGGAGUGGACUGCGGAUGCUGUCCCUGAGCUCAGCCAACAGAGCGGUCGUGAGCUAUUAUGAACUCCUGGGGGUCAAACCUACUGCCACCUUGGAGGAAAUAAAGCAUGCAUUUUUUGCCAAAUCCAAAGAGGUCCACCCGGACCGUGACCCGUCCAACCCGGCGCUGCAUGGCCAGUUCGUGGAGCUGAGCGAGGCGUACCGCGUGCUGGGCCGCGAGCGCAGCCGGAAGGAGUACGACUUCAAGCUGCGGACGCCGUACCGAGGGGGCUGGGUCCCGGGGCCGGGCGCCAACAUCCGCACCGGCUCCACCGGCUUCAGAGCCAGUGAGGAGACCCAUGACAACACGCGCUACUGGGAGCAGUUCACCCAGUCCCAGGCCCAGGAAGUCACCCCGGAGGAGUGGGAGCGCAAGAGGAGGAGGAACUUCCGUCUGGUCGGCUACUGCCUGCUCACCAUGCUGCUCAGCGUGGGCAGCCACUUCUUCUUCUUCAGGAAACUGGAAGUGAUGCACUCCAAUUUCAUGGACGAGAAGGACCGCAACAUCACAGAGAUCUACAACCAGUCCAAAGAGAGGGCGAGGGUCAACGGCUUCAAGAAGCAGACCGAGAUUCUCCGUCAGAAACACGCAGAGUUUGUGGAGAAAUACAAUCUGCCCAACGUGGACGGGGGUGAGGAGAAGUAGCCCUGGGGAACGGACUCGAACCUGCGACCUCUGUGGACGGGCAGGCAGAGAGGUUCGUACAGGAAGCAGGUGAUUUAGAGAUGGUGAAGAGACGGUUCUUCAACUCUGUGACGCAGGAGUGUGUUCUAUGUGCCGGCCGUUAAAAGGAGCUCCCGGGUUUGAUGGGGAAGACAUUCAAGGUAACACCGAAACAAGGAAUAAAGGAACAAGCUGAGAUGCCCGAUAUCCAAACACACGCAAACACACAUGCACACAAAAGCACACAACCACACCAUAAAAACCAGUUGGAAACGGAAAUACCCAUACUGUAUAAGUUGUGUAAGUGCCUAUACAUUCAUGAGAAAAGGCUUUGUGUUCAGAUGUUUGGACGAUGCAGUCACAUGUCAUUUGAAAGACCUGUGGCCAACCACACCCUUUGUUUGGAAGAGAACUGUUGUGUUCCAUGCAGACAUCUGAAGACUGACAUACUACCCAACAAAACACAAACCAUAACUUUAUUAUUAGCAAGAGAGGAUUUUCAACCCUCAUCUCUCAGUGAUUGCAUCAUCUGGUUAAGGUACAUCAUGAUCUUACUAGACAAUGGUAGAAACACUCAGUGUUAUUAAGUAUCCUAAACUGUCAAAUGAUUGUUAUUGCAAUAAUACUGCCAGGCCUAAUUCCGUGUAAAGGAGUAGUGUAGUUCCUAUGUGUGACCCACAGAGGGCGAUGUGUUCGACGGCUGCCGUUAAGAUGACAGAAGAUGCACUGGAUUUGUUUCUCAUCAACCCUUUCAGGUGUAAAUGUACAUUUCAGUUGAGUCGGUUUAGGUUUUGCCCAUUGUUCUAUGUAACGGGCUCUGUUUCGUCCUUCAGUUCAGUCCUGCCGUACGUCCUCUAUAAUGGAAACCAGUGCUGUAACUGAGCUAUUUUUAAGAGGUUAUGAAUCUGUGUUUUUAUGCGAGUCAUUUAGAAUAAACAAAUGCUGUAAUUGAGUUUGAGAUUACUGGAGGAAGGAUAUUAUGGUACUGCCCAAACAGUUUCCACAUUAUUACAACAAUGUUGUGGUUGUGGUUUUUAAUUUUUAAAAUGCUUUCUAUAAUUAAAAACUUCUGAUAAACA